GGAGUGUGACGUAGCAGAAAGGGGGCAGUCCGUGGUUAGAAGUCUGGGCUCCCAUUCAUGCAGAGUGUUUAACGUUAGCAGUCCCCGCCGACAUCCUCGUCAAAACAGAAAACUCUGCUCUCCCGGACUGACAGAAACCGUCGUGACCCUGCACAGUAGCAGCCACCAUGGCAGAAGCUCACCAGGCAGUGGCCUUUCAGUUCACUGUCACCCCAGAUGGCAUCGACCUACAGCUGUGCCAUGAGGCUCUACGCCAGAUCUACCUUUCUGGCCUUCACUCCUGGAAGAAAAGGUUCAUUCGCUUUAAGAAUGGGGUGAUGACUGGUGUGUACCCGGGCAGCCCGGCCGGUUUCAUGGUAGUGGUUGUGUCCUACAUGUCUUACAAUAAAUAUAAACAGCUGGAUCCAUCUCUUGGGCUAAUUGCCAAGUUGGGACAACACUUACCUAUCAGUCAAUAUAUGUCCACAGAUAGUCAGAAGAUUGUUGGAGGAGUUCUGGUGGGCACAGGCCUGUGGGUCACCAUUAUCAUGAUUAUGAGGAAUGUCCUAAAGUCCCUGCUGUCGUGGCAUGGCUGGAUGCAUGCACGCCAUGGCUCUGUGUCCUGGUCUACUCGUGUGUGGAUGUUACUAGUGAAGGUGUUCUCUGGCAGGAAGCCAAUGCUCUACAGUUUCCAGAACUCCCUGCCCCGACUACCUGUUCCCGCCGUCAAGGACACCUGCAGAAGGUACUUGGAGUCAGUGCGCCCACUGAUGGAUGAUGAGCAGUUUGAAAGGAUGAAGGGCUUGGCUAAAGACUUUGAAAAGAACCUGGGACCCAGAUUGCAGUGGUACCUCAAACUCAAGUCCUGGUGGGCAUCCAACUAUGUCAGUGACUGGUGGGAAGAGUAUAUUUACCUGAGAGGCCGUGGACCCAUCAUGGUGAACAGCAACUAUUAUGCCAUGGAUUUCCUGUAUGUGUUCCCCACCUCCAUCCAGGCUGCCAGGGCAGGUAAUGCCAUCCAUUCUCUCAUGCUCUACAGGAGAAAACUGGACAGAGCUCAGAUCAAACCGAUAUACUUGUUGGCGAACAAGGUUCCUCUGUGUUCGGCUCAGUGGGAGCGAAUGUUUAACACCUCCCGCAUCCCUGGUGUGGAGACAGACACUCUUCAGCACAUGAACGAGAGCAAACACAUAGCUGUGUACCAUAAGGGCCGAUUCUACAAGGUGUGGAUGUUUUAUGAUGGCCGGCUGCUGUUGCCACGGGAGAUAGAGCAGCAAAUGGAGAGGAUCUUGGCCGACACGUCUGAGCCCUCACCAGGAGAGGAGAAACUAGCUGCACUUACUGCAGGGGAGCGAACGCCUUGGGCUAAGGCCCGAGAGACGUACUUCAGCCGGGGCAAGAACAAGCUCUCUCUGGAUGCCAUCGAGAAGGCAGCCUUUUGUGUAACCCUUGAUGACACUGAGCAGCGUUAUGACGAAGCCAACCAAGUCAAGUCUCUGGACAGUUAUGGCAAGUCCCUCCUCCAUGGGAAAUGCUAUGACAGAUGGUUCGAUAAGUCCUUCAAUCUGAUUGUUUUCAAAAAUGGCACCAUGGGACUGAAUGCAGAGCAUUCCUGGGCAGACGCCCCAAUCAUUGGCCAUCUGUGGGAGCAUGUUCUCUCCAUGGACCCUCUGAAGCUGGGAUAUAAUGAGGAUGGUCACUGCCGUGGGGCUCCUCAUCCCAACCUGCCGGGUCCUCAGAGGCUGCAGUGGGAGAUCCCUGCUGAGUGCCAGGAGAUCAUCGAGGCUUCUCUGACAGUCGCCAGGACUCUAGCAGAUGAUGUAGACAGUCACGUUAUCCCCUUCAGUGACUUUGGAAAGGGGCUGAUCAAGAAGUGCCGCACCAGUCCUGAUGCCUUCAUCCAGAUCGCCCUGCAGCUGGCCCAUUACAGAGACAAAGGAAAGUUCUGCCUGACCUAUGAAGCCUCCAUGACACGCUUGUUCCGUGAGGGCCGAACAGAAACUGUGCGCUCCUGCACCAUGGAGACUUGUGCCUUUGUUCGCUCCAUGAUCAGAGAUGAAACCAUUGAAGAGCGUCUGAAGUUGCUCAAACAGGCGGCAGAGAAACACCAAAACAUGUAUCGCCUGGCAAUGACAGGAUGCGGCAUCGAUCGCCACCUCUUCUGUCUCUAUGUGGUUUCCAAAUAUCUGGGAGAGGACUCACCCUUCCUCAAGGAGGUGCUUUCUGAGCCAUGGAGGCUGUCCACCAGCCAAACACCUCUGCAGCAGGUCGAACUGUUUGACCUGGUCAGACACCCAGAAUACGUGUCUUCUGGAGGUGGAUUUGGUCCAGUUGCUGAUGAUGGUUAUGGCGUCGCCUACAUCAUUGUUGGUGAGAACCUCAUCAACUUCCACAUCUCCAGCAAACACUCAAGUCCAGAAACUGAUUCGCAUCGUUUUGGCGCCAACAUUACACAGGCCAUGGUAGACAUACUGGCUCUCUUCCAGCUCGACAAGAAAGAUAUCAAGUGAUGAUCGUCUUUAUUGGUGGAAAAAAACAGAAGAACCUGUUUAGUCAAGCAUAUAUUCUUCCUGAAGCUUGUACAGAAUCAAUUGUUGGAUUUGGGGUUAUUUUUAAGUUAAUUGAUGUUACAGAAAUACGAAUGAUUGAGAGGUGUUUGGAAACAUUACUGUCAAUAUGUUUGUACUGCGCUUAUGUGUACUGUAUGUUUAGGCAAGGUGAGAUUCUGGUGGUGUUGGUUACAGGCAGCGCACAGAUCAAAGUUUUGAUUUAUAGGACUUUUUGCAUCGGUGCCUUAGUGACCCACUAAUGUAAAAAAGGGCAGAAAGGGAGGAGAAGAUUCUCGUUAAAUGGGAUCAAGUCUGUAUUAGCAAAGUGAAAGACAUUUCAGCUAAAGGUUUGUUCAGUAGCAUUAUUAUCAUCAUCAUCCAUUAUCUGAAUCACAUUUUAAGUUGUGAGACGGUGCAAUAUUUUCAGUUUCUGUCCCUGUCCUCUCUCUAGUUACUUCUAGUCUCCAGUUGCAGCUCCUGAGUCACAUUUAACUGAACAAAGCAGCAAACCUGAUGUUAAAUAUUAUCAACGAAUGGCGUGUUGCAGCCAGGGCGUCCAUUAAUUUCAUAUGGAUUCUGCUGGCUGAAGAGUUGUAUCCACUAAUCUCGUAGUUAAAGAAAAGGUGAUAAAUAUUCAGCUUUGAUUUGAAAACAGCGACACAGAAGAAGUUGUUGCUCCUGUCUAAUCAAUGGAUCCCCGCUGCCUUUCUGAUUCAAGUGCACAACCAGUGUAUCUGUUCAGUUUUAGCUGCUAUGACUUUAAGAUGUAGUGUCGAAGGCAGGUGACGUGUGUGUGUGUGUGUGUGUGUGUGUGUGUGUGUGUGUGUGUGUGUGUGUGUGUGUGUGUGUGUGUGUGUGUGUCAUUUUCAUACUCAGGUUUUGCUAACUUGGCCUGGUAUCGUAGAGUGCUGGCUGCAUUGAAAAAAAUAGCGCUUAUCCUGGUACAGUAAGAAGUUGAAAUGCAGUGCAAUGCCAUGUGACCCCAGUGGGCUGGUGGGUAGUUGGCGUGAGGUUUGACGUGGACAAGAGGAGUGUGUGUUUCUGUUGGUACAAAUAAAUAAAACACAAAAAAAUAGCGGGUUAACUACUCUCAGACUCUGUUGUGCACUCCAUGACUGGCCCAAUAGUUCAAAUUAACAAUAUAACUACCUUGGUAGCCUUGUGUCAUAUAAAGAUGAAUUGUAAACAUUUAUGAGCAAUCUGUCAGGUUAUCAAGUACAACAAAGUGGUGUUGCAGCUGUUGUUGCCUAGUCGAGGUGAGGUGCCGUGUCGUGGGUGGUUGGUUUCACCAGUACAGCACGAGAAUCAUUGUUUCUCCUGUAGUUGUUCUUAAGGGCAGUUGCAGAGGACUGGUCAUGCAUCGGAAUGCAAUUUUAUGUAUAUGUUGUCAGUUAAUCAUAUUUAUUUUUUCUUGAUUUUAACCUGGGUGUUCAUGCACAACGUUGCAUAUUUACUGGCUGAAUGUGGCGAAUAAUAAGCUCUACGUUAAAGCUUUGCUCAUUUGAAAAACGGACAAAAAUGUUUCUUCUUUUUUUUUCUUUUUUUUUCUUGUCAUAUUUGUUUUCACAGACUUCUUUGCCAUUAUGUAAUAGUUGUAUGACUUUUUAGCUCGGUAGACCUCAUGUUUACACUGCUGCAUGUUUUUCAAGAUGAAGCUGUAUAUGUUUGCCUUUAAUUUAAAGAUAUGUUUAAAAAAAAGAGAGAGAGAGAGAGAGAGAUAAAGACAAGCAGCUGGUAUACCAAACCAAGUUUUAACAAUAAAGUGAAUGUCAUACAGCUGUGCCA